UAACACUUCAUAUGCAAUAUCUAUUGUGUACUUUUCUUUGUGCAUUAUGUGACCCUAUUAGCACCUUCCAAUAAAGUUAAACUAUUGUAUGUACAAAAGUCUUUAAAUAAAGUAUUUACAGUGCAUUAUAUGCUAUAGAGUGUGGGUUUGUGUAACUCACUAAAGGUAUUCUUCUUAAAGUGAGGGUUACAAAGGAAACAAUGGCUCUAAUUUAUACAACCAGGGCCUGGAGAAGGAGACUAAAGACAGGUUGAGGAGGCACUCUGACCUGUCUGACAAAUUUAAAAGAAGCAGGAAGAGGUCAAAUUUGCUUUAGUGAAUCUGGACAAGGAGGUCAAACAAAGGAAAGAAUGGUUGCAAAAAUCUCACCAGCUGCAGCUGAUGAAAGCUAACCAGCGCCUUCUGCUGGACUGGACAUGGAAGCAGACUGAUGAGAUGGUGAAGAAGGGCCUGCCUAAGAAUAAGACUGAAGCUGAGAGCUUCAUACUAGGGCACCAGGACUGGAAGGCUGAGAUUGAUGCCCAUGCGGAGCAUAUAGAUUCAGUUAAGAGUUUUGGACAGAAUCUUGUUAAGUCUGGACCCGGUGAUUUAGCAGAGAUUAAAGACGCCUUACGCAAGCUCGAGGAUGCCAAGUCAAAGCUUGCUCAAGCUUGGCAGGACAGAAAGAAAACUCUGGAUCAAGCACUGAAGCUCCAGGUAUUCCUGGGCUAUGCUGAGCAAAGUGAGAACUGGAUGAGUAACAGGGAGGCGUUCUUGAUCAAUGAAGAUCUAGGGAGGUGGAGGCUCUUCAGAGGAAGCGUGCUCUGUUUGAGAGCUCUAUAGAAGCUCAAAUGGAACGGGUGAAAAAAAUUGACAGGUUAUCUCAGCAGCUCAUUCAGGCAAAACACUAUGACUCUGACAACAUCAAGAAGAAG